UGUCACUUUGCAUUUGCAUUUAGAUUUUUCGAAAAGUAAUAUCAGAAAUCUGUGAAUACUGCAAAAAUAUGUUUCGUGGCAAGAAUUUGAACGUCUUCUCUGCUGAGGGCUGCAUCAUGCAGAUGCAGUAUGCCUGCGAGGCCAGUAAGCUGGGUGCCACCAGCUUUGGGAUCUGCAUUGAUGAUGCCAUUAUUUUGGCCGUUGAAAAACGCCCUGUAUCGCCGCUGCUGGUGGCCGGGGCCCUGGACAAGAUCAUCAAACUUGAUACUAAUCUCUACUGCGCCAUUUCUGGCAUGUCGUCGGACGCUCGGUCUCUGAUCGACAAGGCCCGCAUGUUGUGUGCCCAGCAUCGAUUCAACUACAAGGAGUAUAUGCCCAUCGAGUCGCUAGUGGUGGCCAUCUCCCAACACGUCAUAACCUUUGGAAUGGGGGCCGAUGAUAGCGACAACAGUAGCUGCAGCGAAAGCGAAACCGAGGAAUCCUCCUCCAGUGACAGUAACGAGGAGAGCGAUGAUGAUAAUAGAAUGCUCCUGAGCGCAAGCCGGCCAUACGGGGUGGCUCUCCUAUUCGCUGGCAUCGACAAUGGCCAGCUGCAGCUGUGGCACCUGGAGCCAACCGGCGAGUUUGGCCAACAUACUUGCAAGGGCAUUGGUUCGGCCGGUGAAGCUGCCGAGAAAUGGCUACUGCGCCACUACAAGCCAUACAUAACCGUGCCACAUGCCAUGGAGGUGAUGCUAAACACCGUGCAGGUGGUCAAUGGUUGCCAGCGUCCGACCUCGAACAAUGUGGAAAUGAUGGUGAUAACCAAGGAACCACCACAGUGCCAUCUUCUUUCCGGCAAGGAGCUGGAGCAUGAGGCCACCCGUUGUUAUGGACCUAAGCACUAGACUUCAACUUGAACUAAAAACUUUGUUUGCACGAUUAUUAAAGGAUCAA